AUUAUUGUUAUUCUCUCCCUGAUAAAAUAUAGAAGUUGUAAUUUGCUCUCAUAUUUACAAAAUUUUCUCUUAUAUUAGCAUCAGUGUUUUAUUGUAUUCACUUUGUGUAAUAUAUUUGUUUUAUUAGAGAUUCUUAAAAAACAAUUAAAUUUAACUGGUUUUUUAAAAUCAUAAACCAUUAGUUAGGAGGCUAGGUUAUUGUAUGAUUCUAAAUCGAAUUGAUUCUUACAGAAUCUGGAUUAAAUUUGGCAUAUUAUUAGUUGAAAAUUUGUUAUAUUAAUAAUUAAAUUAGUAAUUAUAAAAAUAUUCUGUUCUUACAGUUUUAUUCAAAUUUAUUUGUUUGUACAUAGGUAUCACCUGAUUUCUUGGUCCUUACCAACAAAUUGUAACUAUAGGGUAACAUAUUUUGUGAAAUCAUUUUAAUUUAUUUGCUGUAAAAUUAUUACUGUUGUUUAAUACUAGAUUCUAAGAUUCUAGCACCUGAAUGCACUCGUAGUUGCUCAUUACUAUUUACGAUAGCUGUAACGUCUAUUAUUAAUAAAUUGACGUUUUAAUUCACCUAUACUCCAAAGAAGCAGGGAUUUAAUAUAAUCUAAUACAAUCUACACUAAAAUUUAUGACAUGGGAUGCAUCAAACUUAAAAAUAUUUUCGGCGAACACUGGAAACAGUCGUAUCGUGACCUAAAAAUCAGCGCCAAGCCAACUCAGUCCUGCGGAUUAGCCGCUAGUUCAAGGAACAUCGCUUUCCCCUGGGAUGUCGGCAGCGGUGGAAUUGUUUCAAUCAUUGACAUUAACAACUAUGAGAGGAAUCCUCCAGUAACCAAACUGUUAGGCCAUACCGGAUCAAUUCUUGACAUUGAUUUUAAUGGAUUCAACGAUAACAUUAUUUCCUCGUCUUCUGAUGAUUGCUCCAUCAAAAUUUGGGACAUUUCAAAUGUAGAGUCUAACGAAGUACCCGAGUCAACUUUAACCCUUCAAGGACAUAGAAUGAAGGUCACAAAUCUCAAGUGGAAUCCAACUGUUGACUACGCUCUUCUUACCACUUCUUUCGACUGUACAGCUAAAGUCUGGGACGCGUCAAAUGGCAAAGAACUAUUUUCAACCUCAAUUGGUGAGCAUCCUUCUUCAUGCUCCUGGACACCUAACGGAGACAAGAUUUUAGUUUCAACCAAAGAAGCGAAUGUAUCAUUAAUUGACCCGAGAUCAGGAAAUUGUUGUAGCAAGUAUAAGGCUCACGACUCUAAUAAGUUGACAAGUGCUUUAUGGCUUGGAGGACAUUACGGAGGUGACCACAUAUUUACAAGUGGUUUUGUUGAUAACAAGACUAGACAAAUAAGGGUUUGGGACACGAGGAAACUCGAGAAACACUUGAUUUCCAAUGAUAUUGACAGUUCGCCUUCUCCCUUGAUUCCACACUGGGAUCCUCAAAUUGGGUUGGUUGUCCUCGCUUCAAAGGGAGACUUAACAGUCAGAAUCUUCCAAUACAUUGAUAAGGAGCUAAACAGGGCGGGAGAGUUCAAAGCCACAGGUUCCAUGAAGUCCUUCUGUUUAGUACCCACUGAUAUCUGUGAUAAAUCGAAGUGUGAAUUAGGAAGGUUCUUGUUCAAUACUGAUUGCAAGCAGAUAAAUCUUACAUCCAUGUUCAUCAUAAGGAGGAAUUCUGCAACAACAAUGAACGAACUUUACGGAGAGGAGUACGAUACUGCAAGGUAUUCAGUCCGUGACUGGGAAGCAGGACUUGAGAAGAACUUGGGUCGUCUGACAAUAACCAAAAACAAAUGCGCCCAAAUCAUCAAAGAUAAGGAUGCUGGAUGCAAGUUCAGGGAGAUUUCCAAAACCAUCCAGGAGUGUAAUGCCAAAUACGGAACCAACUUUAACAAUCCAGAAUUGAUCCCAGUCUUGGAGCAACUUAAAGAUAACAUUAGUGAUCUUAUUAAAACAAUCAAGACAUAAAUUAUUAUGUAUCCUUUAAACCUCAACACUGUUUUAACGAAUAAGAAUCAUAAUAUUUAAUGUAAUGCUGGAUUUA